AUGGUGUCUUCUCGGUUUGUCAACAGCGGCAGUCUAGCCUCGUCAUUGAUGUGUAUCCGGCCGUGGUGGGUGGAGCUAUUUGGAGUUGGAGUUAUGAUGCCUUGGUUCAGGUCAAUUGCUCCAUAUUCUGUAUUGAAACGGUUUUUUCCAGCUCAUAUUAAGUUGGUUAGGAGAAAAGGCAUCGAGGGACGCGAUGAGACCGGUUCCGCUAGUUAA